AUGGCUAUUCAAGACAAAUCAGAAACAUCAACAGCGCCGGCGACGAUCAAAGUCAGCGACCGAGCCGGUUGGUUGGGGGCGUUGAGGUCCCAACGACCCGUCCUCGUCCACCUCAAUGCCGACACCACGUGGCUCAUUCAGCUGCCGUAUCCCCCGUCAUCGGCCCCGCCUCACGGUCGAAAACACUUUAAUGUUCUCAUCGACCCGUGGUUGCAAGGCCCGCAAUCCGACGUCGCGUCAUGGUUCUCUACACAGUGGCACGUUGUCGAACCCAGCCUGAAAACCAUGGAUCAGCUCAACUCGAUUCUCGCCGGCUUUGAAGACGGUUCCGAGAGUCCCAAAGUCACUGAUAAAUCCUAUAUCGACGUCGUAGCCGUUUCGCAUGAAUUCACCGAUCAUUGUCACCAGGCGACUCUGGAAGAGCUUCCCAAGUCAACACCAGUGUUUGCCACUGAUAAAGCUGCUGACCUCAUCCGAUCAUGGGGUCACUUUUCUUCCGUCACCACUACCCCUGGAUUCUCCUCCGAAACGAAAGAUUGGAAGUCUGAUCUUAGUAUUUCCGGCCUUCCACCGUGGGUCGGCAUUGGACGGGUCAUCACAGAAGGGAACGCCUUGUAUUACCACUCAGCAAUUAUGAUCGCCUUUGACUCGGGAACACCGGAGACGAUAUUAUACUCUCCUCACGGCAUACAAGCAACGGACUUGGAAUGCAUUCGCAAAUCUGGAUUCUCGACUCUCGCUUUGCUUCAUGGCCUUCACGAUGUUCGCAUCUGGAUGACAAAGCAGCUAAAUUUGGGAGCUCUGAAUGGCAUCCAAGCCGUGGCUGAGACUGGAGCUCGUUACUGGGUCGCGACACACGACGAGGCAAAGAAGGGCGGUGGGCUCAUCGCACCACUGCUUAUGCGCACGCAAUAUACACUUAAACAGGCUGUCGAGGCUGAAGAGGCAAGGAUGCAGGGUAAGGUACCAGAUUACGACUUCGUUGAGCUCGGUUCAGGGGACGGGAUGGUUCUGCAGUAA